AGAUAUUUUAAUUCCCCUGCAACCACAUGACGGACAACAGCUUGGGAAUACUGUGAUACUUGUAAUGGGAGGAAAUAUUUCAGUAGCAGUGCUGCUCAUGUUACUGGCAGGAGCUCAGUCUCAGCAGAGUGUAACUCUCUCCUCUCGGAGCCUCUGUGCUCUUAUUGGAUCUACAGUAAAAAUCCCCUGCAAAUAUACAUCUAGUUCCUCCAGUGACAGACCGAGAGAGUGGUAUCAGGUCCAGAGAUCUGAUGGAGAACCACAAGACCUGAGUAAAGACCCUCAAUACUUAGGACGAGUGUCUGUAAGCACAUGGUGGAAUAACUGUACACUGACAAUGAACAACGUGAAAGUAAGUGACUCUGGAGUUUAUAACUUCAGAUUUAGAACAUGGAGGAAUAAAUGGAUAUCUGCUUCAUUUGGAGUUACUCUAACUGUUACAGAUCUGAAGGUUACGAGGUCAAACACAUAUAGAACCACACUGCGCUGCAGCUCCACCUGCACGCUGCCCAACAACCCCACCUACAUCUGGUACAGGAAUGGACACAACCAGAACACUAAUGGACUGUAUAUGUAUGGCAGUAGUGAGGAUGCAGGCAGCUACUCCUGUGCUGUAAGAGGAUAUGAGGAGCUCCGCUCUCCUGCUGUCUGUGUUUAUGGAAAGGACAGCUGCUGGAGUGUAACUUACGUCACCCAGAGCAUCUGUGCUCUGAUUGGUUCAUCAGUGGACAUACACGGUUACUACACCUUCCCGGAUCAGCAGCCCACCCCCCAACCUGCCUGGUACGCCAGACUCCACCUACAGGUCAAAGAGCUGAGUCAUGCUGAUGACCGAUUGGAGAUUUUCAGUCACAGAGCUAAUGUGAACACACUAAGACUGAAACAUCUCACAGAGAGUGACUCAGCAGAAUAUCUCCUCCGAUUUAAAGCCCCCUACAUGAUACACACAGACAGCUCUGCUGGUGUGUCUCUCUCUGUCACAGGCCUGAAGGUGAAUGUGGACUCUCCAGCAGUCCCAGGAUCAGAGGGACAGACAGUAACACUGAGCUGCAGCUCCACCUGCACUCUGCCCUACAACCCCACCUACAUCUGGUACAAGAACGGACAGCGUGUGUCUCACUGCACAUCUGUCUCCUGCUCUGUAUCUGCAGUCAGGGAUGCAGUCAGUUAUAGCUGUGCUACUGAAGGCAAUGAGAACCUCCUCUCUCCUCCUGUGUAUGCCCCUAGAAACACCAGAGCAUUGAUGGUUUCCUCUGGAGAGAGAGUGGAGGGAGAUUCAGUGACUCUGACCUGCAGCAGUGAGGCAAACCCUCCUGUUCUCACCUACUCCUGGUUUAAGCAGAGAGCAGCUGCAGACACACUGCUGCCAACAGGCCAGAAUUACAGCAUCACCAACAUCAGCUCCCAGCACAGUGGACUCUACUACUGCACCGCUCACAACCAGCUGGGACAGCACAACUCCACCACCACCCUUCUGGUUGUGUUAUAUCCCCCUAGAAACACCAGAGCAUUGAUGGUUUCCUCUGGAGAGAGAGUGGAGGGAGAUUCAGUGACUCUGACCUGCAGCAGUGAGGCAAACCCUCCUGUUCUCACCUACUCCUGGUUUAAGCAGAGAGUAGCUGCAGACACACUGCUGCCAACAGGCCAGAAUUACAGCAUCUCCAACAUCAGCUCCCAGCACAGUGGACUCUACUACUGCACCGCUCACAACCAGCUAGGACAGCACAACUCCACCACCACCCUUCUGGAUGUGUUAUACCCUCCCAGAGUUCCGUCUGUUACUGAACAUGUGUCUGGUGACUCGGUGACACUGCUGUGCUACAGUGACUCCAACCCCAUCAGUAAUUACUCCUGGUACAAGAAGACAGGAAGUGGUGUUAUACUGUUGGGAAACAGCACCAAUUUAACUUUGGCUACAGGAGCAGUUGGACUUUUCUUUUGCACAGCUCAGAACCAAUUUGGAUCAAUGGACUCGUCAGAAUAUUCAGUUCCAACAGGGAACCCAGCUGGGACAUACGCAGCUUCUGGAGUCACUGUGGUUUUCUUUCUGACUCUCAUUGCUGUCUGUCUAUGGAUGAGGAGGGGAUCUGCAGCUGUCAGCAGAAGGAGUGAGGAGACCAGCACAAAUCAUGACUCUGCUCCUGUAUAUGAUAAUAUCUCAGCCCUGGCUAAGACCUGUGACUCCACAGUAUCUUCAGAUGAUCAGGAUGAAGUUCACUACUCCAGUGUUCAUUUCACACACUCCCACACACAGGAAGUGCUCUAUUCCACUGUUCAACUGCCAAAGGCUCUUAUUCAAGGAGAGGAAGUAGAGUACGCCACAGUGAACAUCACCAAAACAAAAGUCUCCCCACAGUAGGCUAUGCAAAUGGCAUAGUUCAUUAUGUCUGUAUCACUGUUACACAUGGAGUGUAAGUUAUUUCUGAAGCAAAUAAUAUAAUAAAGUCAACUGAAUAAAUAAAUAUAAUUACAGCCCUUUUCAUAAGUUCUUCUUUAGCAAACAACAUAAAUUAUCUGAAAACAACAGCAAAUAAUGUUAUUAUCCAUCUUUAAAUAAUUCUAUAUAUAAAGUAUGUUUGUAUUGUUGCAUUUGAAAGUGGUGUAAUUUUGAUUUUCAGUCUGAAUUUUUAUUUUCUCAUGAGGUGAGUAUGGUCUAUACUGUACUGGUAAAUGCUUGCUUUAAAUACUGGGAUUAUUCUUCCUGUCAUAUAUCCUUUACUGUAAGACCUUUGUAAUAUUUUGUAAUAUUUUUGUAAUUUUUGUAAUAUUUAUGAUAAAUUCGUACAGGAUAUGAAAUUGCAAUAUAAAUUACAGAGAUGAUAAUGGCUACUCAUUUUAUACAUUGCUGUCAUGUAGCUUUUACUGAUCAGAACUACAAAACAUUACUGCUGUAUGAAAUAUUGUUAUCAGUCUAGUGCUUUAUAAAACAGGAGACUUGAAUUUGGUCUAAAUUCCUCACUCACUUAUCUGUAGUCCCCAUACAUUCCACCCUCCUAAUAUUCUCUGCCACUCCAUUGCCAACUCAUGUAAAACUUUCUAUAUCCGCCACUGAUGGCUGUUCCCAUGGGAUUAGAGUAACCUGGUGUUAUUUCUACUGGUCAGUUUAGGUAAAAGGUGCCAGAAUAUUGAUGAGGCAGCAGUCUGUAAAAAUAACUGACAUUGUGAAUUUGAUCAAAACAAAAGUAUUUGAGGAACUCCUGCUGCCCAUUUAAAACUUGACAUGUCCUAAUGUGGCUUUAGAUGGUAAGCAUAAACUUUUUAUUCAAAAUUAAAGUCUUGAAAAUAUGUUGGGGGUUUUUUGUGCUGAAUGCAGUUUUUUUUUAUCCAUGUAAAGCUACAUGAGUUAGUACAUUUGCUCAGGGGAUAACAUGACCUUAGUCUUGUGAAAUUGCCCAGCAAGGACUAAACUCCAAUCUACAGCACAGUCCAAGAACCUGAGAAAAGCUUCACCCACCUUCAGACUCCAACACUUCCAGAUAUAACAUCACCCACCAUCAGACUCCAACCUCUCCAGAUAUAACAUCACCCAC